AUGUCACGUGGAAGAAGCCGAACCCCUCAAUUCCUAUUUUAUAACUCGACGAAAAAGGUGAGCGUCUUUUCAGUUAAAAAAUAAACUGAAAAUCUGAAAUUCCCUAUUUUCAGAUGUGUUUCUCCAAAUUAAACAAAAAGAAAAAGGAAUGUGAAACAAGUCCGGCAGUUACUCAAAUUCCAGAAGUUGGAAAAUCGAAGGAAAUUGUUGCUGUUCCUGUGAAAGUUGAGAAAAUUGAAGAGAAAGAGAAAGAAGAGGAAAAGAAGGAAAUUGGAGGAAAAGUGGAGGAAAAAGAGAAGGAAAAGGAGAAAACCGUCUCCAAGAAAUCGCCAAAAUCUGAGAAGAAGACGCCGAAAUCGGACAAAAAAUCGGAGAAGAAAUCCGAAAAGAAAUCGAAUAAACUGCUCCCCACAAAACCCGUCUCCCCGCCGAAGGUUUUGAUGGCAAAAUCGGAAGCGAAUGGAGUUCGAGAGCCAAAAGAUCCGGCCUAUGCGACACUUGAUAAUGAUUAUCCGCAGUUUGACGAGGCGAAUUUCUCGAAAGGACCUCCGAGUGUUUUGGAUAAGACGCAAGGAGACGCGAAGAGUUCCGGGAAAUCUGAACCGAAAUGA